AUGUGGUGUGUGGGUGUAAUACGCGUGGAUUUCAGCAAACACUUCACACUUGUAGCACGCAUGUCGAUUCAAGAGGCAGCUGAAGCCGUGGCGGCCGCCACAGAGUUCGAAAACCAGCCCAAUGAGGAAUUGAGCAUAAACGAAGAAUACCAAUUAUGGCGGAAAAACUGUCGAUACAUGUACGAAUUCGUGAGCGAAACUGCGCUAACUUGGCCAUCUUUGACCAUUCAAUGGCUUCCCGAGCAUACUAUAGAGGGAGAUGCUUAUGAGUCUUCGUUACUUUUGGGCACACAUACUUCUGGCGAAGACACUAAUUACUUGAAAAUUGCCAAUACUCAAAUACCGGUUUCAAGUAGUGGUGAUAAACCAAUGUCUCGUCUCAAAAUCACCAAAAAGUUUGCAAACAACCACGAGAUAAACCGGGCGAGGUACAUGCCACAAGACCCGAACAUUGUAGCUACCAUCAAUGGCGGAGGAGAGAUCGAUUUCUACGACAGAACCGACGAUUCCAAGGCUGCAAAACAGCAUUAUACACCCCACGACGAGAAUGGAUACGGGCUUUCUUGGAACCCAUAUCUCAAGGGAUAUUUACUUACGUCUUCAGACGACAAAUCGGCAAUUGUCAGCGACUACUCAAAAAUUGCAACCAAUGAAGCGCAGGUUUUUAAAACGACUUCACACGACGAUAUAGUGAAUGAUGCCAAGUGGCAUGGCCACGAAGCCCAUGUUUUUGGCUCGGUUUCGGACGAUAAUCGGUUCAGAUUGUUUGACAUUCGAGCCUCGGCUACUACGCCUGUCUCGGUAUACCACGACGAUACAGCCAAAGGCAUCAACACACUCUCGUUUUCACCCUUCUCACACCACUUGGUGGCUCUUGGAAACGCCAAUUCCAACAUUGGCCUCAUAGAUACCAGAAAACUUUCACUGUCUACCAAAAAAGAAGGACUCCUACAUACAAUGAUGGGACAUUCCGAUGCACUUACAAGCAUGGAGUUUUCACCACACAAAGACGGAAUUCUCGCCACAGGCUCACAGGAUAGACGUUUGAUCCUCUGGGACCUCUUCAAGAUCGGAGAAGAGCAGGCCCAAGAAGACGCCGAAGAUGGGUGCCCGGAACUCUUCAUGAUGCAUGCAGGACACACAGGUGGAGUAAUGGACCUCAGUUGGUGUCCAUAUAAAGAUUGGACCUUGGGAUCAGUAGCAGAUGACAAUAUCGUCCAUCUUUGGCAAGUGGGAUCAUCUCUCGUAAACGCCGAUACCCCCGAGCAUAUCAAGCCGUCAGACUUGGAGUAA